AUGGCCGCUGCCCAACCCCGACCAUACAGGCGGAUCUUGACCUCGGCUCUGCACCGACGGUUUGUCCACGCAUCUGCGCUUGCGCUCCUUGUUUGCUAUGCGAUCGCAAUCGCUAUCGGCGAGAAAUCAUCGUUCUUUUGGUCAUGGUUUCCUAUCGGCUCAUGCGGUAUCAGAGCCACCUUGCUUUUUGUAUCGGCCCUCGCCGUAUUCGUCCUUCGUGUUGGUCAAUUGCACCUUGGAUCAAGAACAACGAAGUCUUCAUUUCACACUUUGAAAUAUAUCUUUCCUCUCAAUAUCGCCCAGACCUUUGGCUGGUAUUACUUCUCGGCUUGGUGGUUUACUGAGAUUUACCUUUGGUCGUCCGCGAAGGAUGCGCACCUAGAAUUUGUGAAACGGGGCAGAACACAUGAGCGGGCCACAUUGAACGAGCGACCCAUCUAUCUUCAUACAUUCCACAUACUAUUGGCCUCUGUUCAGGCAGUGGUUCACCUAUACUAUGACUACGAUUCGAUCCGCGUACCCGUCGCAAACCGAGCGCUGAGGAAGGAUGACGAGCGCACACACCGAGUACCACCUACUUCCAAGCACAUUAAAAGCGCUCUGCCUGGAAUUGUCAUAUCCGGUCUUACAAGGACCGUAGUCGUCGCAGGGGCUGCCCCCUUUAUCUAUCGAGUGUUUCUUCGGCAGACUGCAUGGAGUUGGUCUCUUCACCUUGCUAAACUCUUUUGGAACUUCCCUCGCUCUGCCGCUGAGCCGGACUCAUUUUUACCUCCUGGCUUCCUUUUACUGGUAUUCCGGUCUUUGUUUUCGGGCGCCUUGCUCGUUCUAUUAUGGCAGACAACAAAUCUCUUCUUUUCCAUUUUCAUUGGUAAAGAACCUCUUAAGAGAGGGCAGCCGCUUACAACAGGAGCCAAGGAUCCCAAUGGAAGUUUGCUUACUGGAUUGAAGGCGAAGAAGCCGAUCUUGAAAUCCUUCGCGCUCUGGGAACUCGGUCUCAUCAGCCAGCGUUUGCCUGAUCGUCGGAAGGCAAUCUUCAACGAGAUUGAUCGCGAGGGUGGUUCAACAUGGUCUCAGACUCUAGAAUAUCUGACAGAUGUCGUCAAGGGUAUCACAACACGUAUCGAAGCGAGCACGGCUCCUGCGCCUGGUACGAAGCCAGCGGCACAAGCAGGGACCGCUCAACCUGUUCUUAGCACUCUGCCCCGAUUGACGGAAGCACCAAAGAACGAUAAUGUUUUCGCGGCCUCUCCAAAGGCAAACACUCGUCAAGAGAAGUUUGAGCAAGCCUUCAGCUCGACAGCUAAGUCUUAUGGGCAGUCUUCAGAUUGGACGCCAACAGCACGAGCCCGUGCUCGCCAGGCUUUCGACCGAGCUUCCUCAGCCAUGCUCACUCCCGAACGGAAACAAAAACUGCUUUCUUCUUCGGAGGAAUUGAGACUACUCGCUGGAAGCCCCUCCGCCACCUUCAAGCCCGGGAACGUCCACCCAGUUCUCGCAAAGGUUCUCCGUUCGCCAGUUGGUCAGUUUGUGCAACAAAAAUAUGCUCAACAUGCCUCAUCCGUCAUUCUUGGAUCUCCUGACUCAUCCUUGAGCGCCAUUGUUGACGCAGUUGAUGCUUUGACAAGGCUUUUGAUAGCCAGUUUGGCUGAAGAUCAGUACGGCAAAGUCCAAGCCGAUGUGCCGUCUGUGGUGCGCCUUUUCACCCACACCAUUGUGACUAUUGAUGCCUUUGUUCAUCAAGGUGGCUUGGCUGUCCAUUGGACUGAUGUUGAUUUCCCGAGCAAGCCCGAAGAGCAGGCAAAGGCACGGCAAAUUCCAGAUGUGGAGCUUGUCUUGGACACAUUAAAGAGUGGUCUUAUGGACCUAUUAAAAGCUUUCAAACCUUACCUACGUGAUAUUGGCCUUGAGGGCAAAGACCUUAGAUUAGCCAAGGAAGCUGCUGGCAUUGACGUGGAGGAUUCCUUAUGA